UUGUUGAUGUAUUGAUACUGAAAUUUCGACGAGAUUACACUGAAUAAAAUAGUUUACCGAUUCCGUACCUUUUUACUCUUUAGAAGGAAGUCAACGAGAAAAGAGGAAUCAAUACCUGUGCUCGAUAAAGUUUGUGCUUUUAUUAUUUAGUUUUGCCAAGUGAAACCUACUUUUUAAGGAUGGGAACUUUGUACCGAGGAUAUACCAGAGAAGAACUAGCAGCUUUAAUGCUGCGAUUCGCAAGGUAUGACACAAAUGGUAAUGGCAGUAUCGGCAGUGCGGAAUUUGCAGAACUGAUCAAGAUAGGACCAGAGCACGUUCCGACUGAAGAAGAAAUUAAACAACGUAUCGCAGAAAUCGAUUGUAAUAAUGAUGGGCGUGUCCAAUUUGAAGAGUUUUUACUGUUUAUGGAUGGAAAGACAAGAGGACGGAAAUAUUCGGAUGAAAUAAUAAAAGGAAUGUUCUCAUUAAUGGACAAGGAUCGCACAGGGAAGGUCGGUCCAGAGGAGUUACGAGCAGCGAUGAACAGAUAUUAUGGUGCUAAAAUGACUCUAGACGAAGCCCGUAAAAUAAUCCGAGAAUCUGACAUGAAUGGGGACGGAUACAUCGACGAAGAUGAUUUCGUUCGGAAUCUGCUUGCCAUUAAACUACAGUGGAGAUAGACUUGCUGGUUCUGGAUACCGAGGAGGCAUAUCAUAGCAUGCACCAAGCACGUGUUUCUGCCAAAGCUUGCACAUUUCACCCGGACAUUUCAGCAAUUUGAUCCUUGUCUUGAUAGCCACAGCUAAUUAUCAGCUCAGAGUGGAAAGUAGGGGCGGUGAGAAGGACAUCGGCUUUAUACCACGCCCUAUGGCCGGAUUCUGAAGCCAGGUUUAACUUAUAGACCAUGGUCUAACCAUAGAUAUGUAUCUCUAUGGGUCUAACUCUGUGGUAAAUUUAUGGAAAGCCAAACAUGUCAAACUUUUCCUUACAUUGCAUCUUUUUUAUACUUACUGUGCUCUUUCCUAACUCGUGAUUUGUGAAGAAAAUUAUCUUAUUUAUUUUUCCGAAACAGUUAAGAUUGAUUUGAGCAAAAAAUGAACGGAUAUAUUUACAUUAUAUUGUUAGAGAUUUAUGCAACUAUUGGCUGUCCAUAGUUAAACCACAACUUUAAACCAGAGUUUAAAUUAAAUCGACUUCAGAUUACAGGCUCAUGUGUUCAAAUUACACUCUUUAAAGUGAGAACAGAUCCAUACACUACGUAUUGCCUCUCGUUGACUGUGUUAAAAAUGUAGUGUAUUGCAAUAUCUUUAGAAACAACUUUUAGUAGUAUAUUGUAUAAUUCAUAUUUUAGUAUAAAAUUAGUUUAUAAUAAUAUAUGCAUGUAUAAAUAUAUAUAUAUAUGGAAACUAAAGUGAAGGGUAUUGGUUUUUGUACUGGUUACGUAAUUGUUAUGAAAUAAAUAUAUCGGGUUUGCUAAUAAUUGUUUUUUUUGUCAGCUAAUAGACCAGUUCGUAGUUACUUCAUGGA